GAAAAAUUUUUCUUCUUCUAUCAUUUCCACACGUCAACCCUAAUUUUGCCUAAUUUCUAACAAACAGAAGUAUAAUUAGAAGAAAAAAUUGGUCCCAAGCAAAUGAAUUUUCCCAUCCAAUUUCCUGUAGAACAAAUUCCACUAGUCAUCGAGUUACAAAUUUCUUUGAUUUCGUUUUCCCUAUUAUUAUAAUCCCCAUAUUUCUCCAUGACUAUUCUUUCUCCGAUUCUCCUCUCUGUUUUCACGGUCAACGAUUCCCAAAAAUCCAGUCUCACAAGUUCCUUUCGGUGUUUCUGUUAUCUUCAUUCCAAAUCUUCAAAUGGGUCGCAGGCAAAACGACCUACUACCCGCUCGUUUCACAUUUCUUCUUCUUCUUUUGUUGGGUCUCGUAUCAUUUGCUCUGGUAUACGCUGUGAUCUCCAAAAUUAUCAGACCCAAUGCGAGCUCUGCAAGUUCAGGCGUUGAUUCCUUGUCAUUGAUUGAGGGCAGUGGCAAUGAUGACUUGUUUAAUGCGAAUAGUGGGGAAUGUUGUAGAGGGAUUGAUAAUUUGGAGCUAUGGGGACCUGCUGUCAAGUGGGGAUCCGACUUCAAGUUCAAUUCUUCCAUGGAGUGUUGCAAGGCAUGUAAGGAUAUGUGUAGCGGCAGUGAUGGGCCGUGCUUGUGUGAUACUUGGGUCUUCUGUGGGAACAAGGAGGCUUGUGGACGCAAAUUUGGUGAGAUCAAGAAGACCUGGUUUCAGAACCUGAUCCACAGGAAAAUUGCGAGUAGAUGCUAGAUAAUUUCUAUUUUCCAUUACUUUUCUUAUUUCUCGUGUUUUUUUCAUAGAAUUCAUUCCAUAAUGUUUGUUU